UCCUCCCUAUCAUCCUCAUUUUCAACCCCCAAAAACAAAGGUCAAAGCUUUCUAUCUCCCACUUCUUUCUAACACUCCAAUUAAUUAUACUCUCUAAAAACACCCACUAAAAUUUGAUAACAAUAAUAACUUUCCUCAUAAAUUAUCACCCAAGAAUAAAAACAAAAAUUCUGGGUUCUGGAUUAUUGUUCUUCUCUUUGCUUUUUUUUCUUCCUCAAAUCCUCCAGUGGGAAGUGCAAGUUGUAAGGUAGCAGUAAUUGGUAGGGUCUGCACUAGCUCGUACAUUUUUUUUUUAGUGCUGUGAAGGACAAAGUCGGUGGCUUUUUCGAAUUUUAUUUUAUGGGUUCUCUUUGAUUCUUCUCUUAAAAACUUAAUAAAGUUUAGGUCUUUAUAGUAGUAAAAACUAGUAGUAUGUAUAUAUGAUUCUUCAAUUUGAUUUAAUGAAGAUUAUUCUGAUUCUCUCUAAAUUGAUUCCAAUAUUUUUUCAAUUUGGGUCUUUCUGAAACUUCAUUUUCUUCUUCUCCUCUGUUCCUAUUUUUUAUCCUCUCCUUUAAAUUCACCCAUUCAUGAGAAUUCUCUCAAUAAUCUAAAAAAAAAAAAAAAACUCAAGUUUUUUUUUUUUUUUGUUCUUUAGUAAGAGAAAUGGGUGCAAUAUAUCCAACUUCAUUAUUCUCAAACUCAAGUUAUAAUUGGUUAUUUCCUGGUGAGUGUAAAAGUGUAAUAUGGACUAAAGAUGAAAACAAGCAAUUUGAGAAAGCACUUGCAAUAUUUGAUGAUCAUACACCAGAUAGAUUUUCAAGAAUUGCUGAUAUGAUACCUGGUAAAUCUGUGUUAGAUGUAGUGAAACAAUAUCAAGAGUUGUUAGAAGAUGUUACUGAUAUUGAAGCUGGAUUAGUUCCUAUACCUGGUUAUCUUGCCUCUCCUUUCACAUUGGAGUGGGUUGAUAAUACACGAUUAGACCACUUUCGCAAAAGGUCUGCUUCUAUGGUCAGGCCUCACGAGCAAGAAAGGAAGAAGGGUGUUCCUUGGACUGAAGAUGAACACAAGCGAUUUCUACUUGGUCUUCAGAAACAUGGCAAAGGGGAUUGGAGAAACAUAUCGCGAAAUUUUGUGAUUUCAAAGACACCAACUCAAGUUGCUAGCCAUGCUCAAAAGUACUUCUUAAGGCAGAGUUCUGGAGGAAAGGAUAAAAGAAGACCUAGCAUUCAUGAUAUAACAACUGAUAAUCUUUCAGAUAAUACUGUGCUACCCAUUUCAGAAUCCGAUGAUCAAAAGCCUAGAUCGAUCUUAGAACACUCCACAGCUUCAUUUCCAUUGCUUCAAAAAUCAUUCAAUAUCAUGCCGAAGAUGUUACUAGAUUGGAGUAACUCGAAUAAUGGUGAAGCAUUUAUGGUAUUUGAUUCCACUCAUGGACGCCAGAAUCUGUACAGCAACAGCUACCAAGGAGCCUCGGCCUAUGUAGGAUCACAUUAGAGUAAGCGCGCUAAGCUAAGCUAAGCUAAACUAAGCUAAGCUAUUCUCUCAUGGUUCUUGUGUGGUAGUGCAUCAUCAUGUCUCAAACUCAAUCCAGUAUAUUAUAUAGUUUGUAGACAUUUUAACAGAAUGUGAAAACAAUCUGAAUCUUUUGAAGGGUACAAUGUAUAUUUUGAAUUAUGAUUUCCUUUUGAAGGUUACUUAGUUAUGAUAAUCUAGUGAUCUUAGGUCAUUACUCA